AUGGCACCCCCAAUUGUUGACCAGAUAUUCCAUCAGUUACCAUCCCAUUUACGGAACACGAGGCAUAUACGAGAACGGCAUUCACAGCACAUUAUAUUAUUCCAGCAAUAUCACCAGCAGUUUCCCGAACGGAUCCGCCAUCACCGUGAAUUGGUGAUCCCCCAUAAGCCCAUUGCGCCCAUUCCCGGAUUGAUCCCACCGCGGGAUCCCACAUAUCAGUGUAGUUAUCCCGGUUGCCAUUGGAUUGGAGAGACCAUUCGACGGAUCCACGACCAUUGCCGCCAGGAACAUGGAUGGAAAAACCCCCAGAACCGAGGACGACCCCGUUCCAAGGCACCGUCCAAACCCCAGCCCAACAUGCCAUGGAACAUUGUGGCCAGCCAACGGUUUAUCCCCAAAGGACGUGGAUCCCAACGGUUUGCCGUCCAACAUGACCAUACCACCAUCACCACCGCCAUAUCCGAUCCAGAAAACCCAUCAUGGGAUGCGGCGCAGCAGGCGAUGAAGCAGGAGAUCAUCCAUCGAGAGCAGCAGAUCGACGCCGCGGAACGAGAACGGAUCCGUCCCCACGAGUCCCGCGAGGUCAACCCAUGGGUCGAACGGAUGGGAUGGGCCGAUCAUUUGUUAGAGGAGGAUCGAGGCACAUUACGGGCAUUGUUACAACGACCCGAUCCCGAACAAGAGCCCAUAUUGGCCGAGAUUGACGAGCGAUUUCACCGGAUCGUCAUGGUCGCGCAGCGCACCACAUUGACGCGGUUGAACAUAUUCAGUCGAUUUGAGAUGCACCGGAAACAGGUGGAUCAGAUGCCCCAACACCCGUUCCAAGCGCGGAUGGUGGCCGGCACCAUUGAACAGUACAUCGAGGUGUGGCAACGGAUCAUCCGGUAUAUCAUGCGCAGUGUGAGUACCGGCGACGUCCGAUUUCAGUUCCAUGCCACCCAAUGCGAGACCAUCCACCAGAUCCGGCAGGCCAUGUCCGAGGACGAGAGCACCCAUUCCCCCGUCCAUGCCACCGAGGAGAUGGAUCCCACCGACCAGCCAUUGGAUGCCGUCGAUCGUGCCAUAUUGACAUGGUGCAUCGCCAUGUUGGACCAUCGAUUACAGGGUCAGCACGGGCAGGAGUUCGUGAACGGCAUCAUCAGCGGGUUGGCCGCCAUGGGGAUCCGGGAGUCGGGUGGAUGGGAGACGGCGUUGGCAUUUACCCCCAAGUUGUCCGCCAUGAUCAAGAUUGCCCGCAUGUUAGUCGCGCAACAGGCAUGGGAGGAAAGCGAGGCCCAUGCCGGAUUGUCCGAUUGUUUCGUGGCAUUACGCGGGAUGAUGUUGCGAUUUAUGACCACCAUGGAACCCACCCCGAUGAAGUGGAUGUUGGAUUCCCGCACAUACGGCAUGAAAAUCCGGUACGGCACCACGGCGGAUGGGUUGAUUGAAUGGCACGGAGACCGCAUCACAUACCAGCAUCAUCGGUUUACCAUGGAUCAAUUGCGGGAGACGGUGCAUGGCAUUAUCAACCGGGCAUGGGACCAUUUGACGCAGGACGUAUUGUUGUUUCCCACCGACCAUCGAUUGCCAACCAUCGCAUGGGAGACCAUGGAGGACCAUGCCGUCGAGGAUCAACCCGGGUGGUAUUUUGCCCAGGAUCCCCGCAAUGCAUGGGACGUGGAUGACACAUGGUGGUUACACGACCGCAUAUGGCAGGAACCCGGAUUCCGACGCGCAUUCAUCCACGCCGAGCGUCCAUCCGGCACAUCCGCCACCCACGCAUGGCGCCCCGUCGAGUGCAGCAGUGGAUGCGAGCCGUGGGACGGAUGA